GAAGGCUGGCUCGGCAGACGGAUGAGGGGCGGGGAGAGCAGCAAUGCAUGGCUGGCGGUGGUGGAAGAGGAGCUAUUGAUUGGCAGGGAGACCGAGCGAGGGACGGGGAGGCAUCGGGGCCUGUCGUCUCCCGCAUUCUAAGCUGUACUGAAUGACAGAGCCAUCGUUACUUGGAUAAUCAUCACUGCCACAUUCAUGGCACCAAGUACCUUGAGAUAUGAUGGCUUUGGUCCUGCAGUCUGAAGGAUAAUGGCAUCCAGCCUGUUGAGUAAGACAUCAGAGGCCACCAACAACAGCAAUGGGCAGGAAAAGACAAGAAAUCUGUCAGAUCAUGAGAUUCUUCUGGAACCUUUCACGUGGAUGUGCCCAGAUGGUUCCUUUGUGAAGAAGACUUUACAGGUUGGCAGUGGACUAGAUAAACCCAAAGAAGGGUCCUGGUGUCGUAUAUACAUUGGGGUGGACCCCACAAGCAGUUUUGAUUCAAGGAAGCAUUUUCCAGUUGGGAUCAAUGAGUCCGUGGAAGUGAUUCUUGGUGAAAGUGAUAUGUGGUUCGGGGAAGUAAUUGAUAAAUGUGUUGAGACGAUGCUCCUGGGAGAGCAGUGUGAAGUCCUUCUGGCUCCAGGUUUGAGUGAGGCAGGUGAAGACCUUGCAGACAGGCUGAGGUUCACUGUGAAAUUGGAGAAGUUCACCAUCUAUAAAGACUCCUGGGAGAUGUCCUUUGAAGAAAAAUGGCUGGCGGCGAUGUGCCACAAAACUAAAGGUACCGAGCAUUUUAAAAACGGGAAUCUCUUUGGUGCCACACGACGUUACGCAAAAUCGCUGAGGCUGCUGGUGUCAGUGAAAUAUGAAGUCCCUCCUGAGAAAGGUGAGGAGUACGCUAAAGUCAGGUGUGCGUUGUACUCAAACCUGGCUGCCUGCCAGCUGAAGCGAGGUCAAUAUAGGAACGUCAUCCAGAACUGCUCAAAGGCACUGGAGCUCGAGCCCGACUCUGUGAAGUGCCUGUACCGUCGGAGUCAGGCCUAUACUUCCAUUAACGAGGUUGACAAAGCCCGAAGAGACUUGCAGAGGGUGCUGAAACUGGAGCCAGGGAACACUGCCGCUGUGCAACAACUGCGAAUUGUUACCCAACAAAUCAGAGCCCAAAAUGAAAAACUGGGCAAAGCAAUGAGAAAAUAAAGUCCGUGUCAGGUUUAUUGUCCUGAGGAAGGCCCAGCAGCGGAUGUACUUCCUGCGGCUCUUGAGGAAAUAUGGUCUGCCAAAUUGCUGCUGCAGUUCUAUACUGCAGUCAUGGAGUCUGUCCUGUGCACCUCAAUCACUGUGUGGUUUGGAGCCGCCACCAAGCAGGAUAGAACCAGACUACAGCGCACAGUGAGGACUGCCGAGCGCAUCAUUGGAGCCUCCCUGCCCUCUAUUGUGGACCUGUUCUCUUCCAGGUUGAAGAAGAGGGCGGGGAACAUCAUAAAGGACUCCUCCCAGCCUUCUCACGGACUGUUUGAACUGCUUCUGUCUGGUAGGUGCUUCAGAUCCCUCCAGGCUAAGACUAAUAGGCACUGGAGAAGUUUUUCUCCCUACUGCGGUCACUUUGCUGAACAGUUAACUGCCGGAUAACUGUCGGCUAACUAUUACUUGGAUUGCACUACUUGUAUGUAUAAUCUAUAUUUUCAUUUAUAUUUAUCAUCUGUUAUGAGCAGAGAGACAACAUCUGCCGGAAGUAAAUUCCUUGUAUGUGCACAGGUACUUGGUGAUUAAAGUCUGAUUCUGAUUCUGAUAUAGUCAAGUACAUGUAUGCACAGGUAAAAUGAAAAAAAAACACUUGCACGCUAGAGUGUUGCAGACACCACAUCAAUUAAGCAACAUUAACAAGAAAAACAAGUUGUACACAAUUUUAGAAGAAAAUAAAAAAAGUCAGAACAAAAAAUUAAAAAAAAAACAAUUCAUUUUAUUAGACAGUGGUCAAAGCCCACCCUGUCCAAUUCCUCUUUAUAAUUAUGGUCCUUCAAUCCAGGUAACAUUCUAGUUUAUCUAAGUUAAUCCUACGUAAAGGAGUGGUCAUUGACAGAGUGAUCUGAGGCAAAGUGGUAGGGCUUUGACUCAUUUGGGCUUUAAUGAGGUAAGUGGGGAAGCGGACUUCAAUUUUUUUUGUUUCCUUUUUUUCAAGAGGAAUAAAGAGCACAUCUAUAGGGUUAGUACUUAGCUCUGAGUGUUACAUGUUGGAAUCCUGGGUAUCUUCCAGUCUCACAGAUGGCCACAUCUGUGCCAGGUGCACCGAGAUGCAGCUUCUGAGAGAUCGUGUUAGGGAUCUAAAUCUGUGGCUUGAUGACCUACAGCUUAUUAGGGAAAGUGAGCAGGAGAUAGAUACAAGCUACAAGGAGUUAGUCACCCCAAGGCUGCAGGAGUUAGAUCAGUGGGUGACUAUUGGGGAAGGAAUGGCAAGAGCCCAGAUAGUAGAGAUCAUUCCUGUGGCCAUCCACCCUCAGUAAUCAUUAUCUCGUUUUGGAUGCUGUUGAGGGGGAUGACCUGACAGAGGACGACCAUGGUGAUUGGGUCUCUGGCACUGAGCCUGGUUCCAUGGUGCAGAAGGGAGAGAAGAUGAUGAGGAAUGCGGUAGUCAUGGGGAUGGGAACAGAUAGGGGGUUCUGUCAGUCGGAUAGAGAUAACUGCAUGCUGUGUUGCCUUCCAGGUGCCAGGGUAUGGAAUGUCUCAGAUCGGGUGUAGAGUAUUCAGAAGGGAGAGGGUGAACAGCUAGAAGUCUUGGUACAUGUUGGUAUCUAUGACAUAGAUAGAAAAAGAGAAGAGGUCCUGAACUGAGAAUUCAGGGAGUUAGGUAGGAAGCUGAAAAGCAGGACCUCCAGAGUAGUAAUCUCAGGAUUGCUGCCUGUGCCACGUACUAAUGAGCGCAAGAAUAGCAUUAUCAGGUAUAUUUAUGCAUGGCUGAGAGAUUGGUGUUAGGGGCAGGGUAAGUUUCUGAAUCAUUGUGGCAUCGUCUGGGGGAGGUACGACCUGUACAAAAAGGAUGCAUUACACCUGAACCCAAAGGGGUCCAAUAUACUAGCAGGCAGGUUCAAUAGAGCUGUUAGGGAGGGUUUAAACUAAUUUGGCAGGGGGAUGGGAACUGGAGUGAUAGGGCUGAGAAAAGGGAAAACAAAAAUAAGUCAAAGAUAGCGAGCAAGAGAUGAUAGAAAGGACAGGUAGGAGCUGAAGCAUAAUCACAGCCAGUGGGAUGAGUUAAAGUGUAAUAGAGGUGUGGUACGUUGAAACAAAUACUUUGAAAAGCAACAAAUACUGGUCCUAAAGUGUUGUAUUUGAAUGCAUACAGCAUAAGAUGACGAUCUUGAAAUUAAGGUACAGAUUGGCAAGUAUAAUGUUGUAGCCAUCUAUGAAACUUGUAAAGGAUUGCUACCAUUGGGAGUUGUAUGUCCAAGGAUAUAUGCUUUGG